CUUUCAAUGCAGAGUACUGGAAGAGAUAGUAUCCGUGCUUCAAAGAAGCGGCGCCACAGCCAUGGUCUGGAUGGAACCCCCGUCUCCGAGAAGAAAAAAGAGCUAUCCCACACUGUAUCCCGAAAUGCCACGAUAAGCAGAACUCCUAAGCGCGUUCACGAGGAAGACAACGAAGAAUUGAGUAACACUGCAAAUGCUGUACUUCAGUCCCCUGGGUCCCCUACCGUCAAGCGUCCGCGGAAAAAGCCAUCACUGCUGGGAUCAUCAGAUCUCCAGAAAUACGAGGGGAUGUAUACGUCAACUACAGAAGUCACUUCACAGCCUGGUCAGAAGGUGGCACUUCUAUCCAUGAUACGACAACGUUUAGAAUUCAAGUCGGAAGAAUCGGCAAGAAAUGCACUGAAGUCAAUCGUCGGUAAACUUAUCGCUGAUCGACCAAUUAAGGCGGAACUAUGCUUUGAGCGAUCGAACACUGAAACUAAUCCGAAUGCGGAUAGAGGUCAAAAGAAAAGUGGCGAAAAGCCUAUUCAAUGGUCGAAACCCAACGAACGUCAGUUGCGAGAUUUCUCACUUACCACACUGCAUGUAUCGUGUGUUCCACGCAAUACGACACCGGAUGAGGUUAGACAACUGUUCCCGCAAGCGGUCUCUUUUGACUUCAAUAUGCACCCGAAAGAUAAAGGAAUUGGGUCUUGCCGCGUAGCAUUUUCCUCCGAGCAAGACGCUUUUCAAGCAUUUACCUCACAACACAAUGCAAUCAUACGUGACUGUCCAAUAAUUGUGAACUUUGCUUUUAAGAAGCACAAACCGACUGGAAAUGUACUUCAAACCGUGAACACUCGUAUCCCGUCAACUCAGCUGAUAGGGAACAAACACAAGUCGUCUAUGAAGGUUGACGAACAGUCUAAGGAGAAGCUCAAUAAGGCACACACUGUAUUCUGCGGGCAACAGAAAAAGCCUCAAUCGACUACUGAAACCACGACUGAGCCCAAACAGAAAAAGAAACAGAAGAAAUCGCUGUCUGGAACGAGCUUGCCGAACGAUUUUCCGUUCCCUAAACAACCCAAGGCGAAGAAGCACAAACUAACGUGUACUCGUGAACGCCUUUUCCAACAACUGGAGUGUUCGGAUUUUGUGAAUACACUCGUUUUUCUAAAAACCUUUCAUAGCAGUCGAAGUCUUUUUGGAAUUGUCGAUAGAAGGUGGGGGUUGUACCGUACGGUGAAUAUGGAACCACUUAAGGCCUCGGAGGUUCACGACUGCAUGUGUUCCCUCGAGCGUCACCGAGCUUCUGGUCCGGAUGACCUCCCACCCGCAUUGUUCAAAGAUGGGGGUGAAGUCGUCAGUCAGCGCUUGUCUGAUCUGUUUGCUUCCAUUUGGGAAAAGGAGACAGUCCCACAAAACUGGGGAGAAUCGGUGAUAGUGCCUAUUUCCAAAAAAGGUGCUCGUAGUGAAUCUGGUAACCACAGGGGGAUCAGCUUGACCCCGGUCGUAACGAAACUCUUAGCGUCACUUGUGCUUCGUCGCCUUACGACACUGACUCGAGAGCAGCCAACGGGAUUCCGGCCUGGUGGGGGUUGCGUUGACCAAAUCUUCACUUUCCUUCAGGUGCUAGAACAACGCCAUACGUAUAAGCGACCCACAGUUCUAGUAUACCCGGACCUCCAAGGCGCAUUCGACUCGGUCAACUGGUCCGUUCUUGAGAAGGUUGCCCAUCGAGGAAUGCCCCGGAACUUUUUGAACAUAGUAAGCUGUUUGUACUCUCCCUCCAUUCCUUUUUAA